GUCUUGUAUACCAAGUGACGUAGUCCGGAUUAAAGUCCGUGACAGGUGUAGGGACCCGUCCACGCCUCACUAUGGGCACGGCCGACCGUCUCGCGAAAUGGACAGAGAGGUGGACGGAGGGCAACACCAAAUGGCACAUCAGGGAUGUCAACUACUCCUUAGUACACCACGGCGCCUUACUGCUGCCUUCAGGUCCCCGGCGGGUCCUGGUGCCCCUCUGUGGCAAGACUGUCGACCUCCGGUGGUUUUAUGAUGAAGGACAUACAGUUGUUGGAAUUGAAGCUGUCGAAAAGGGAGUUUUGGAAUUUUUUUCCGAGCAGCAUCUAGACUAUACUACUGAAAAUUUGGGUUGGGCAAAACAUUUUAAGACGAAGGACAACAGGCUACACAUGUACUGCUGCGACGUCAUGAAAGUAGAUGUAACACACUUGGGCAAGUUUGAUGCUGUGUGGGACAGAGGUUCACUUGUUGCUUUAUAUGAAGAAGACAGAAAAAGUUAUGCCCAGAUAAUAAAAUCACUUCUGGCACCAGAUUUUCGCUACUUGCUGAAUGUUACUCAGUAUACACCAAAUGAACGCUUUAGUGGACCUCCUGGGAAUGUUCCAACUGAACUCGUGGAGCAGCUUUAUGGUGAUACAUGCAAGUUGGAGCUAUUGGAAACUGUCAAUUGGCCUUCAGACGAUGAUCGAAUAUGUAAGUGGGGCUUGACAUACAUGGUUGAAGUUGUGCUUUUGCUCACUCCAAAGAGUUAACUUUUGUUGGACUUCUGAUCUGUACAAAAAUUGACAUGAUUUUGUUGGGCUAUUGUUCAUUAUACUGCCAUAUCACCUCUUGGAUGAUAUGGCAGUAUACUUUCCACAAGAUUUUGUGGAAGUUUGUUGUGUACAAAGUAUAUUGAAUAGCAUAUAAACCUCACUAAACUAAUAAACAGACAUAAUGUUUAUAAUUAAGAUGUCUGGAACUGAACAAGAUGCAGAAAUUCCUCGGGUAUUCCUUCAGUGUUUGAUAAAUGAUCUAUAGUGAAUAAAGCUUAGGAAAAAGUAUAAUAAA